AUGGCGUUUGAUCAUGAAGAAGGACAACCAGGUAUUGAUGACGAUGGCCAUCUGACUGCCGAAGACAGCUCGAAUGUGCCUACAGACGACUCGGAUUCAGCCUUCAGCGACGACUCACAGACUGUCCUCAGUAGUUCACUGCGGUCGUCCAUUUACAAUCAUCGCUACGAAAAUGGGCGAACAUAUCAUGCGUUUAGGGACGGACAGUAUCCCAUUCCAAACGAUGAGGAGGAGCAAGCACGCCUGGAUCUUCUGCACCAUCUCUUUACAAUGGUCCUUGGUGGAGAAUUGUAUACUGCACCCUUACCUACCGAGCCACAACGUGUGCUAGACGUGGGCACAGGCACAGGAAUCUGGGCCAUUGAAAUGGCGGAUCGAUUCCCAACGGCCACUGUAGUCGGCACAGAUCUAUCACCAAUUCAACCAGGUUUUGUGCCUCCCAACGUCCAGUUUUACAUCGACGACGCCGAAAGUGAUUGGAUUUUCAGAGACUUCGAGAAAUUCGACUUCAUCCACGGUCGAGCCCUGUGUGGAGGCAUUGCAGACUGGCCAAGGUUAUACGCCCAGGCAUAUGAUCAUCUUGAGCCCGGAGGCUGGAUGGAAAUGCAAGACCAUGAGUGUUGGAUCAAUAGCGACGACGGUGGCAUGGAGAGAGCUCCUGGUUGUACUGAAUGGAUUCACGAGGUUGACAGAGCUAGUGCGAUGUUUGGUAAACGAUUGAACAUCGCACACUUGCACCGACAGUGGAUGAUUGAUGCUGGGUUUGAGGGCGUCACGGAAAUGGUUCGAAAGAUCCCCAUCGGUUCUUGGGCAAAAGACCCCAAACUAAAGGAAAUCGGCAAACUCAUGAGAGUGCAAAUGAUCCAGUCAAUACCUUCUUUUAUGCUUGCCUACUACACCAGAAUCCUAGGUUAUAGUAUGGAACGUACUGAGGUCACUAUGGCUUUGGUGAAAAGGGAAUUUUCAGACCGAAGUCUGCAUUUGUAUCUGCGCUGGCACUUUGUCUACGGGCGGAAACCGACCCGAUAA